UGUUCGUCGUAUGGCUAGUAAGUGUAAAUCUUUUUUUAAAAGAAUUUUUUCAUUUCAUGUUUAGUUGUGGUACAACGAAAGAACAUUGUGAAAAAUCAUCAACGUCGACGUCUGAUGCUGUUCUUAUUGAAAAAACUCGAAUUGGGGAUUGUCGAAUCUGCGGUUGUCAUGAUCAAACUAUGUGUUGUUCUCAGUAUGGAUAUUGUGGUAAUACAAGCGAAUAUUGUUCAUCGAAAAAAAUUGAUUUACCUACAGGCGCUUCCAAUGAAGAAAAUAUUUGCAGGCCUCAAGCAGGACAUUCAUAUAAAAUAUUUUCCCAGUCUGGUUAUUUAAAUUGCAAGAAAUUUUCAACAUCAAUCAAUGAUUCACAUGUCGAUUUGUGGCCAAAAAGUGAAACAAAAAAUCAAGAAUGGCAAUUUUUACCUGUUGAUGUAGAGAGAAUGAUUUUGUAUGUAAUUGUAUGCAUGGAAACUCAAAAAGCAUUGACUGUGAAAAGACAAUCCAAUGGUUCUUUAGUAUUGUAUCAGUGGUCAUUUGAUACAUCAGACGAAAAUCAACAAUUUCGAAUUAUAAAAAGAAAUAACAACUCAUGUGAAAUAGUACAUGUUCAAACAAAUCAAACAUUGACCAUUGAUAGUUCGAAUGACCAUAUAACGACUAAUAAAGUAGGUGUUAGCUUAGCAUCGGAAUCGAAUAAUUCAAAUGAACAAAAUCUAUGGCAAUUCAGUAAAACAGAUGCAAAAGAAGGUUAUUUAUGUGUAAGUAAUGUUCGAUACAAAUCGUCUAUUCCUUUAACACUAACAAAUUGUUUACACUGGUGUUAUACCCGAGAAAAACAAUUUUGUAUGUGGAAUUAUUUAAGCAAUGAAACACAAGAAAUUGAUGAUGAUGAUGAUCGUUUUAACACAUCAGCUAAUGGUAUGUGGAAUUAUUUAAGCAAUGAAACACAAGAAAUUGAUGAUGAUGAUGAUCGUUUUAACACAUCAGCUAAUGGUAUUAUCAGUUCUUGUUAUGCAUCAAUGAAAUGUAGCAAUCGAACAUUGAUUCAAAAUGAAAAAUUCAUUAUCUAUGAAUUUCAAGAUAUUGAUGAAAUUGAAUUGCCGAUCAAUGAAACAAACCAAUCAUUAUCACCAUUAGAUGCUUACAUUGCUUAUACAAAAUAUCUUCUUUUGGAAGCAAAUAAUUUUCAAUUGAAUUCAGUACCAUUAAUGUGUACUGAUUUAGAUCCGAAUAAAGAAGCUAUUCUUGUCUUUGAAAAUUCAACUGAUGGAAUUUAUUUAUGUGACGCAUGUCCUUAUUUACCACCGUUUGAUAAGAUGCUCGGUAUAAUUAUUAAUCAAAAUGAUAACAUUCCACAAUCUACAAUGCACAAUUUGGAAUUUGAUCAAUGCUUUAUAAACUGUGUCGAUGAUAAACAAUGUAUUGGAUAUUCAUAUUCAGAAACAAAUAAAACAUGUUUAACAUUUAGCCAUAUGCGUAUAGAUAAUGAUCGUUUACAACUAGCAAAUCAAGAAGAAAAAUGGACAACUAUUAUCAUUAAACAACCAACAGGUCUUAUUCAAAAUUGGAUUUACAUAAGAAAUACAAGAAUGUCAGGUAAUGGAAAAAAACAAGAAACUGAUACUUUCUUAGAAUGUUUACAAUUUUGUCAGGUAACAAUGAAUUGUUUAUCAAUGACAUAUAAUUUUCAUUCAAAAUGGUGUCAAUUAUUUGAUGUCAAUGAAAAUGAUAAUAACAACAUGUAUUUAUCCUAUGGAUAUAUAUCAGCAAUCAAUUUUCAACUUAUUUAUGGUAAUAUUACCAAUCGAUGGCGAUUUAGUGAAGAAGAAACUUUUUCGAAUGAUAACGAAGACGUAAAUGGUUGUAAUCGAUUGACUGGAUGUCAAGAAUGUUUAAAAACGAAGUCAAGUUCAACAUUCACAAAUAAUAGCAAUUUACCUAUAUGUCCAAUGAUUACUAAUAUACAACAUGAAAAAGAACUCAAGGAAAGAAAAGAAGAUAUUUGCAUGACAAAAUGCUUGAUGCAACGAGAUCCACUGUGUAUUGCAAUUGAAUUUGAUGAGUUGACAUUGGAUUGUCAAUACAUAACUAGUUACGGUAAUUGGACACCAAUAGAACAAUAUCAAGGAAAUAAACGUCGUUAUUGGUUACAAGAUCCUCAACAAAAAUUUCAGUUUAUACCUCAGUGUGAUUUCUAUUCAUCGACAUUACUUUUACCAUUCUCAUCAACAUCCGUUUCAUUUGACAAAUGCCAUAAUUCAUGUCAUCAGAAUAUUCAAUGUCAAAAAUUUUCGUAUGAUUUUAAUACAUAUGAAUGUAAGAUGGCAGGAGAUCGACCAGGGCAUAUAAACAAAAAUUCAACAUUGAAAAAUCGUCAUUGUUUUAUUCGUCCAUUGCUUAUUAAUAAUAAUUUUACGUCAAUACGAAUGUCAUUUGAUCGCAUACUUAAUUAUAGUUUUGUUGAUCAAAAUUCUUAUAUCAAACAAGAUAUUGUUUCAUGUCCAUCCACUAUUAUUUAUGAUACAUGUUUAGACAAUUGUUUAAAUACAUGCCUUUUUAAUUCACCAUUGAAUUUAACCUGUCAGUAUGUUUCAAUUAAAUAUGUCAAUCAAAUUCUAACUUGUACUUACUUUCAAAACAAAACAACUAUUGUCGAAAAUGAAUCUAGUGAAAUCUAUAUACGUUAUUUUAAUUCAAAAAUUACUUUGGAUGUUAUUGAUGAGAUGCCAUUGUUUUAUCCAACUACGGAUACACGUGCAUGUUUUUAUCCUGCAUCUUUAUCAUCAAAUGAACAAACAUAUUCAACACUAAAUGGAUAUCAAACAACUUUAAUAAAACGAAAUGAAACAGAAAGAAACUCUAUUACUUUGAUACGACAACGACGAUUUCUUGGUGCUCUUAAAAAAGCUUUUAAGUGGAUUGGUGAUAAAAUUGUUAAACCUGUUUUUCAUGCAGUUAAAGAAAUCGUCCUGACACCAAUUAAAGCAAUUAAAACUAUCGAUCAUCUAGUGAAAGGCAAUACAAAAGCAGCAAAAGAUGAAUUUAUGAGUAUAGGAAUUGUUAAAGAUGUCAAAAGUUUUGGUGAGAAUAUUGUUAAAGUUGGUAAAGCAAUAGGCAAAGGUGAUGUGAAAGGUGCCUUUACAAGUCUCGCUGAUGUCGGCAUGGAUGCAUUGGCUGUUGUUCCAUUACCAGGUGUUGGUAAAGCAGCUUCGAAAAUAGGAAAAGGAAUGAAAAAUUCUCUUGAUAAAGCGCGCACAGGUGCCAAGAAUCAAUUAACAAAAUCAACACGCCAAAAGAAUGAUAGGAAAAAGAAAGACGGAAAAAGAGAGCAUUGCAAAAGACGACAAUUAAAACGUCAAUUGGCUGGAAGUAAACAUGAUCGGGAUUGUGAUGAUGACGAUGAUGAUGAUGAUCGAAAUCGAGCAAAAUGUAGUAAACCAUCGGUUAACACGAAAAAAGACAAGAUCAAGACAAGAUCCGUCAAUGAUUGUCAUGCUAAAUCUAUUGGUUCAAAAUGCAAAUAUGAAUGUGAAUUUCUUCAUCAACCAUUGAAUGAUGCCAGUGCUAUAUGUCAAAAAGAUACAGUAAAUAAGAAACGUGCUUUUUGGAAACCAGCACCAAAAUGUGAACCAGAAUCAUGUCCAAAUGGAAAUUACCCAUUGAUUACAAUUGAAACAAAUAACAUCAAUGCAUAUGUUAUUUUAUUCGAUAAGCAUCGUAAAUUACCUAUAUGGUCUAUGUGUAUGCUGGACAAAAAGAAUGAUCUAAUAACACCAGAUGGUAAACGUACAAGGGGUUAUACGCAUCAUCCAUGCAAAGAGUUAAAAGGUUUUCAAGCAGAUCAAAAUGCAUACAAGCUUUCUGGAUACGAUCAUGGUCAUCUGACACCGAGUGAAAUUCUUAGUUAUUCUCGAGAUGCAUCAUUCAGUUCAAAUUUACGCAUUAAUCUAGCUCCACAAAAUCCUGUAACAAAUAAAAUUUCAUGGCGAAUGAUUGAAGCACAUAUACGAUGUCAUAAUCAUAAAUCUCCACCAAGUCUUGUAGUCACUGGUGUUUGUCCAAGUAGUCGAGGAAAAACAAAAGGUAUAACUGGUGUAGAUAUACCUUCGUGCUUUUGGAAAAUGAUCUGUUAUAAACGACAAGGUCAAACUCAUGUUGUAGGCUUCAUAUCAGAUAAUUCAAAAAUAACAAAAGCGGAUCGAGCAGAAUUGAUUAAAAUUUUGAAACCAGUGUCACAAGCCGAGGUAUUAACACAUUUAAAGUCCAAUCCAAAUUAUUUUGCUUUAAAAAAUCCCUUCAUUGCGGGAUUUCUCAGUGCAGUAAAAGGACGGUCAGGUAUGUUUUCAGUCAAUUCUAUUGAAUGUGCAUCGGCAAUGUCCUUGGAUAAAACAGAAGCUAAUAUUUGGCACAAAGAUUUACUAAUGGGCCAAGCUAAGCGUGAUCAAAAAAAGAAUAGCAAAAAAUCGAAGCGUCAAACUAAUAAUGAUGAUGAUGAUGAUGAAAGAAGAGAAGUACGAGGUUGUACACGAGCGGAAGCUAAGAUCACAGCUGCUCUGUUUGGUUUAAGUUCACUAAGUGUUUUUGACGAAGCUAAUUAUGAUAUUAUCGAAGGCAACGAUGAAAUUGAUGCUGAGACAGACAGCAAUGAUGAUGAAACGCCUGAUGAAGGAGGUGAUAAUAUCAGCCAAGCAGCAAAGUGUGGCAAACGUAUCAUCGGCUACUAUCCAUCAUGGGGUACAGGCAAGAUUAGUUCUCAACAUGCACAACGUUUAACGCACAUUAUCUUUGCCUUUUUCGAAGUUGAUUCUAAUGGUAAUAUCUUUUUGGGUAGUGCUGAUCGAAUACAUAGUACAAAUGUUGAGGAAGAUAUUAAAAUUGCUCGACAACGUUUGGAACGUCUUGUACGUCUACAAAAUGUAUUUCCAAAUAUUAAAUAUAUGUUUGCUGUUGGUGGGUGGGAAAAUUCACAAUAUUUUAGUUCUAUUGCUGCAUCUCCUGAAAAACGUGUUCAUUUCAUAGCUUCAACAUUAAAACUACUUGACGAGUAUCAUAUGAAUGGCAUUGAUAUUGAUUGGGAACAUCCGGUAACAGGUGGUGCUAUUGAAGGAAUGCCAGAUGAUAAACAAAAUUAUGUUACACUUAUGAAAGAAUUACGGCAAGCACUAGAUAAUCAUCGACCUGGUUAUUUACUUACAUUUGCCUCGGCUGCUGGUCAAUGGACACUCGAUCCUGGUUAUGAUUUGCCAGCACUAUUGAAAUAUGCAGAUUUCGUUAAUAUAAUGACUUACGAUUUUUUUGGUGCUUGGGAAUCGAAAUGGGGUGCAUAUACAGGACCACCUGCACCUCUCUAUUUUGGUAUGCCUCCACGAUUUUCAGGCAAAACAAAUGUGCAUUGGACAGUUAAAUAUUAUGUGUGUAAAACGAAUCAACCACACAAGAUUAAUAUGGGUGUUCCAUUCUAUGGUCGUUUUUGGAAAAAUGUUGAUCACGAAUCAAUCGAUCCAAGUGAUUCUAUGUGGAGAAAAGCAUCUGCAGUGAAUGGAAAAUUUGUUGGUGGUUUUGCGUCUUGGAAUGAAAUAAAAGAUUCAUGGUUGACAAAUGCAAAUUAUAAAGAACAAUUUCAUGAGAAAACAAAAUCAACUUUUGCUUUCAACAAUCAAGAGCAAAUAUAUUUAGGUUACGAAAGCCCAACAUCAUUAAAAUAUAAAGUAGAUUAUGCGGCUGAUAAUAAUUUAGGCGGCCUUAUGAUUUGGGCAAUUGAUCAAGAUGAUGUCGAUUUAACGAUGAUGAAGAUAGUUGGCGAUGCACCUUUGUGUAAACAUACAGAUCCAUCAACGACAUUCUAUAAAUGUUCACCUCUUUCAGAAAAACGUUGGUGGACAAUGGAGGACAGUGAAGAAAGAGCAGGGAUGUGCGGUCGAUCAGCGCCCUUGUACAAGGGUUAUUAUGCUGUUUGUGAUCCUGACGAUCCUGGCUACUCAUGUUGCUCACCUGAUGGCUAUUGUGGCAAAUCAAACAAACAUUGUACUGGAUUAGGAAUUAAUUACGAAGAGAAUCCUCAUCUCUUGAUUGAAGAACCUGUUCGACCAACUAUUGAUCCUCCACUCUGGUAUUUGCUUGAUGCACCAGAUGGAAAACGAGGUCGAUGUGGCUCCGAUAUUCUUCCAAUCAGUGGCAAUAUUUUCCCAAUUUGUAAUCCAGAUGAUAAAACUGCACACUGUUGUUCCAAUGGUGGUUACUGUGGAACAGGUGAUCAAUUUUGUGCAUGCGAUGGUUGUAUCGAUUUCAAGAAAAAUCCCUCAUAUCGUUUUAAAUCAAAACAUUGA